AUGGUCUCCUUCGAGGUCCUUUCUCUGUUCGUAUGCAUGCCAUUAGAUGUAGCACGGCCAUGCACAGACAAAGUCCUAACAUCCAAUGACACGGAGAUUCCCACAGUUGUCCUUCUUAAACACAUUGAGCCUUACCAAUGGAAUAAAAUAUGCGAGUUCCAGGAAGCAGUUCAGAAGAAGAAGAAGAAGAAGAAGAAGAAGAAGCGAUCACUGGAACAAGAGGUUUAUUGUUCUAACGUUUCGGAUUCCGUUGGAAAUCCUUAA